AAACUCUGCAACAAUGACUGAGAAGAAAAGGAAGCGAUCUGUGUCUGUUGAGUCGUCCAGUGAGACUCCAACCAGUUCACAGAUGAGUACCACUCCCAGCAUGAGUAAGAGCGACAGAUCCAAGUUUGAGCCCCUCGGCUUUGAAAGUUCACAGUUCACGGGAUCUGCAGCUCCAAGCGAUAUUUCUUUAAAGAGCGACAGAUCCAAGUUUGAGCCACUUGGUUUUAAGACACAAAGUUCACAGUCGACGGCUUCGUCUGAGUCCAUGUCAUUGAAGAGCGACAGAUCCAAGUUUGAGCCACUCGGUUUUAAGACACAAAGACCAGUAACUGAGAAGCCAUCCACCUGUCCAGUUUGCAAAGAUGUUAUGAAAAAUCCAGUUCAGCUCAGCUGUGAACACUGGUGCUGCAAACUGUGUCUCAGCUCAGACCUGGAUGAGUCUGUGUCACCAGCAGACUGUCCUUGUCCUCAGUGUGGGAAGAAAUCCAAGAAAACAUUAAAACAAGAGAAAGACACAGAGACACAUAUUGGUAAAAUUGAUCUUUUGGAGGCAAAGAAGAAAUUAAAAGAAGCAAUGAAAGAGAAAUAUUCCUCAGUCUAUGAAGGUAAUGGUGACAAGCCGAAUUCACUGAACAACAUCUACACAGAGCUUCACAUAACCACUGGAGAGAGUGAAAGGUCACGUGAAGAGCAUGAAGUCAGGCUGCGCAAACGUAAACUGAUAAGACAGAGUUCAAAACAAAAAGUAAUCAACCUAAAUGAUGUGUUGAAACCGUUGCCUGAUCAAGACAAACCUCACAGAACAGUUGUGACGAAGGGCGUUGCAGGAAUUGGAAAAUCAUUUUUUGUGCAGAAAUUCAUUCUUGACUGGGCCGAAGAGAAGGCAAACCAGGAUGCAGACUUUGUUUUCAGUCUUGCUUUCAGAGAGCUGAAUUUGACUACAGGUGAGAAAAGCCUACAUGAGCUCCUGACUUUAUUUCACCCCACACUGUCUGAUCUCAAAGAUUCAGUGGACUAUGCCAAAACCAAGAUUGUUCUGAUCCUGGACGGUCUGGAUGAAAGCAGGUUUCAGCUGGACUUUGAAGGCAUUAAGACAAUAACAUCUGUCAAGGAAGCAGCAUCUGUGAGUGAUCUCCUAGCAAACCUCAUCCAGGGUAAACUUCUUCCUGAUGCAAACCUCUGGAUUACUUCCCGUCCAGCAGCAGCCAAUCAGAUCCCUGCUGAGCAUGUUGACAUGGUGACAGAGAUAAGAGGGUUCAUUGACUCACAAAAAGCUGAAUACUUCAGGAGGAGAUUUAGUCAUGAUCCUGGUCUUGCUGACAGGAUCAUUAAACAUAUUCAGUCUUCACAGAGUCUCAACAGCAUGUGUCAGAUCCCGAUCUUCUGCUGGAUUUCUGCAGUGUUAUUCCAGGAAGUCUUUGGAGGAGAUGAGAAAACUGAAAUUCCUCAAACUCUUACAGAGAUGAUGUCACACUUCCUGUUUGCACAAACAAAGCGUAGAAGCAGAAAAUAUGACAAGAAGGUUGAGACAAACAAAGAAAAGCUUCUGAAAACACAGAGGAAAUUUCUUCUGAAACUCGGCAAGCUUGCAUUUGAGCAGCUGCUGAAGAACAACCUCAUCUUCUAUGAGGAAGACCUGGAAGACUUUGGCAUUGACAUUAAAGAAGCCUCCAUGUACUCUGGAUUUUGCACCACAGUACUUCGUGAAGAAGAAAUCAUUUCCCAGAAAAAGGUCUUCUUCUUUGUACAUCUGACUCUGCAGGAGUUCUUUGCAGCUCUCCACGUCUAUGACUGUUUCAUAAAUAAUGAUACCAGAGAGCUCAGCAGCUUCCUCGAUCUAAAGAGCCAAGAACAUACGUUACUUGAUCUUUUAAAGAUGAUGGUUGACAAAGUGCUGGAGAAGAAAAAUGGUCACCUGGACUUUUUCCUGAGAUUCCUUCUUGGCCUCCUGGUUGAACCAAAUCGCAGAGUCCUUCAUGGUCUGCUGCCUUCACCAGAUCAAAGUCAAGAUACUGAAAAGAAACUCGUGACUUACCUCAAGUCUAUGCGAAGGAAGAACCUCUCUCCAGACAGCUGCAUCAACCUUUUCCAGACUAUGGUCGAGAUGAGAGAUCACAAAGUCAAAGAUGAGAUUCAGGAAUAUCUCGCACUGUCAGAUCGUUCAAAAACAGAGUUGACUCCCCUGCACUGCUCUGCACUGGCCUACAUGCUGCAGGUAUCGAAGAAUGAUCUGGAAGUCUUGGACUUGAAGAGUUACAACACAUCAGAGGAGGGCAGACGGAGGCUGAUACCAGCAGUGAGGAGCAGCGGAAAAGCCUUACUAGCAGACUGUAAAGUGACUGAAGAGUGGGUUGAGCAUCUGGCCUUUGGUCUCACCUUCCCCUUCUCACCUCUACGACAUCUGGACCUGAGCAACAAUGACCUGAAAGAUUCAGGAGUAGAGCUGCUGUGUAAAGGACUGUCGAAUCAGUGCUGCAGACUGGAAACUUUAAGGUUAUCCGGUUGUCUGGUGACAGAAAAAGGCUGCGAGUCUCUGGUCUCGGCUCUAAAGUCAAACCAUUCACACCUGAAAGAGUUGGACCUGAGCUACAACGAUCCAGGAGAAACUGGAUCAAAGAAGCUCUCUGAGCUGAAGGAUGAUAAACGAUACCAGCUCAGCCAGCUCAAUUUAGAACAUGGUGGAAGUCACCGGAACAAACCAGGGUUCAAGAAAUAUGCCUGUGCGCCCACUUUGGACUCCAACACAGCUCACAAGAACCUGCUGCUCUCUGAAGGGAACAGAAAGGUGACCUGGGUGGAGGAGGAGCAGCCAUAUCCUGAUCAUACAGAGAGGUUUGAUGGCUGUCAGCAGGUUCUGUGUAAACAGGGACUAAAAGGACGCUGUUACUUUGAGUUGGAGGUGUCAGAGCCCUUCUGUGUUGGGUUAACAUACAGAAACAUUGGCAGGAAAGGGGAUGUUGAUGAUUGCAAGCUGGGACACAAUGACAAGUCGUGGUGUCUGAUUUCUGCUGAUGAGGGUUUUUUUGUUCAGCACAACAAAGAGAAGGUCCAUGUAACUCCUCAGGCCUUGCGCUCCAGUCGUGUCGGGGUGUAUCUGGAUUCGGAGGCCAAAAGUUUGUCCUUUUACAGAGUUUCCUCUGACAGUAUCAUCCGCCUUCACACCUUCAAAACAACCUUCACUGAUGUUCUCUACCCUGCUGUUGCUCUCCACCCUCAUUCAUCUGUAUUGUUUUGUCAGCUAACAUAGAAACAUCUCUCACUGCAGGCAGGUUAACAGCCAAACGAGUAGAUUUUCACAGAAAUAGGAGCAAUUACUAUCUAUGACUAAACCUUAGUGAGUCCGGUCUAAACAUUGCUCCCAGUAAUCAUUUCUUUUCAACAGGAGAAAAGUAGAUAGAGAAAGACCUGAAAUCUAGAGGCAAAUAAAGAGGACCACACCAGCUUAAUGUAGGCCUGCUGAACCAGAACAUGGAGCCUAAAGCCGAAUUUAAACCACCAAAACGAUUUUGUAUUUAAAUAACCACUUUCAGAAACAGAAGCCCAAAACUUUCUUUUUAAAACUAAAGUCCAUUUUCUCCUAACCCUAACCCACAUAAUUAAGCUGCUUGGCAGCUUAAUUAUUUGAUACUUAAUUUCUAGGUGAAACCUACACAUUAGCAGGAUCACUGUUUGCUAGAGCUGGGCGAUAUGAGAUUUUUUCAUAUCACGAUAUGUUUUUUUCAUUUCAGGCGAUAACGAUAUCUAU